GUCUAUCGCGAGUUCGGAAAUGGCCGCGGGAAAGUAGAGAGCGGCAAGGCAGUUUAUCGGCGCGGAUUUGUUACUUUAUUUUUAUCAUUCCUUAUUUAUUAUUAUUGUUUAUUAUUAUUAUUUUUAUGUCUGUGGUUCUUUCACAUCGUGUAUUCUCCACCUCAUGAGUUGUGCUUUUCGCCGGGAUGCUGCCACGAACACAUACUCUUUAAUUUUUUACCAACAAAGUAUUUAUUUAUUUGUUUAUAAUAAUAAAAGUUUUUUUUUUAGUGUUAAAUAUUAAGUAGAAAAAAAAAAACAAGCCAUAUAGUUUAUUGUAUUUAUAUUGCAACAAAAAAACAAUAUAAUAAAAUACCAAAAAAAGAGAAAAACACAGUAAUCCUUGAUCUGUUUUGGAGAGUCUAAUAAAUAAGUGUGUGUGUGUGUUGAAAUAAUAGAAAAAAAAAAAAAAAACGCAUGAGAGUGACAGCUGAGGUGAAAAAAAUAAAAAUAAAAAAAAUUAAAUACUUUUAGUGAGUGAAUUUAAAUUAGGCUGAAUAAUUAAAUUUAUUAUUUAAAAAAAAAAUAAUUGUGAAUGAAUUAAUUUUGAUAUUUUGGAGUAAAAAUAUAAAAUAGUUAAAAUAAAAAUAAAGAAAAUAUGGCCGGUGACAGUACAAGGAACAAUGAGAUUGGUGGGGAUGACGAUCAGGGUGCGUCAGCACGGGGGGAACCACAUUCCAGAGUGGGCGGCAUUCUGGAAUGUGAUCCCCCCGGUAACAGGAAUUUGCUGAACAGCGAACAGCCAACAACUGAGAUCACUGACGGUGUCUGCCGCUAUGGUGCCAGUGGUACUUCAUCUGGAAUGUCUUUCAUUGAAAUUUGUCAGAUACGAUUACAACAUUUAUUUCCUCAACUUGCACCACCAUCACGUUAUGCCAUUAGUGAUGAUUCAGUUGAGAUGACAGCCGAGUGUUUAGCAAAUGAUGUUAUAAGAUAUUUAUUAAAAGAAGAUAUGUAUUUAAUAUCAAGAGAUCCAACAUCACGUAGUAUGCGUCAUAAUGUUUAUCAAAUGCUCAAUAAACAUAGCAUAUUAUUUACAAGUAUGGUUAAUCGACUGAAUGUUGUACCUGACACAGCAUAUGAAUCAUUUACUGGUGUUGCUGAUGAAUUAUUUUUACAUGGUGGUAUAACAUGGGCUAGAAUUGUUUGUCUAUAUGCAUUUAUGGGAAGACUUGCAUUGUGGGCUAGAGAUGGUAAAAUGAAUGCAUUAAAAAAAAAAUUACCACAUUAUGUAUCGAGAUAUAUUAGUGAAGAAAUUGCACAUUUUAUCAAAGGAUAUGGUGGAUGGGAACAACUUUGUAUAGAGUAUCCAGUUGAUGAGGAAGUCAGUGGUGCAGUAUGGAGAAGUCUUUUGAUGACUGGUGCAACACUUAGUCUUGUCGCAACAAUUUUAACUGUGACAUCUUGAAAUUAAAUGGCGUAAGAAUGUUUUUUUUUAUUUUAUUUUUUUGUCUACACUCGAGUAUUUUUUGCGUACUUAUACCCUGUGAUCGUAUUUGUAAAAAAAUAAUAAUAAAUUCAUUGAAAAAUAGCAAAUAAUAAUUAAUUUUUUUUACAAAAAUUGUAUAGGUUUUUUUUCGAUUGAUAAAAAUUAAAGAAAAGUUUCGAAAUGAUUAAGUAAAUAGUUAUGUUUAUGAAAAAUAUAACAUUUAGAUUUUUUUUUUUUUUAUCUUUACAAACUGAAAAAGAAAAAAAUUUAGAAAUGAAAAUAGUACAAUUUAAAAAUUAAAUUAUUAUAUUCAUUUUUUGAUAAAAUUUUUGUAAUUUAAAAAUUUGUAUUUCUACGCCAAAUAAGAAUUUCAAAAUCAUAUUAAAUUUAGGUAGUAUCAAACUAUUUUGUAUUUAUUUAUAAUUUAUUUUAGUUAGAAACUGUAAUAAUAAAUUUUUUUUUUUAUUCUCAACAAAAUCAUUACGCUUGACUAUUAAAUUAGUCGAAAAAAAAAAAUAUUUAUAUAUAUUAUUUUCAUGAUUUUUAUUUAAUUAAUAUUGUGUGAUGAAAAUAAAACGAAAAAAAAAAACAAAUAUUUGUCAACAAUUUGUAAUAUUUUUUCAGUCUUAAUAAAUGAAUAAUAAUUUUUGGUAUAA